AUGAAACCCUCUGGCUCAUUCCGUGAAAAGCUUCAACGGAUUCAACAGCUCGGCGUCAUCUGUACUUAUAACGACAAUGGAUGUGAAUGGAAAGGAACUUUGAAACAACUAGAAACUCACGUCAAGAGUUGUAGCUUCCGCGAAGAAUUAUGCUCUAAUUGUCGCAGGAAAAUACCUAAACUUCUAUUCAAAGAACAUUCUAAGAAAUGCACUACGACUGUUCAGAAAUGUGAAUUCUGUGGAUCAUCUUAUCGUUCUUCUGACAUUGAUCGCCAUCUCAGAAUUUGUACAAAAGUUAUAAUGAGUUGUCCUUUCAACUGUGGUUUACAAAACAAAACCAGAGAAGAGAUUGAACAACACAAAAAAGUGUGCCAGAAUGCGGACAACAUUUGUCCAUUCUCAGACUUCGGUUGUAAUUUUGACGGCGAUAAAGAAGCAGUACAAAAUCAUCUUGUCGAGGAACCUAUCAAGCAUCUUAUGUUGUUAUGUGAUGAAACUGGACUUGUGAAAGAAGGCUAUGCAUAUCUCCUGGACAAGUUAGUAAAUAUUUUAGACCAGGCCAAGCACUUGGAAGAAAGAAGCUACUUCUGUGAAGCUUUAUACGGUCCUCAGCUCAUAUGGCGUAUAGAUGAUGUAAAUAAUAAAAUGAACGAAGCAAAGAGUGGUGCCAGACCGGUGAUAUAUUCCCCUCCAUUCAUGUCUGGAAGAUAUGGUUACAAACUGAUGGCAAGUGCUUGUUUGUAUGGAGAUGGUCCUAGUCGUGCCAAGUCCAUGUCUCUUUAUAUGUGUAUAUUAAAAGGAGAGUAUGAUGGAAUUCUGGCAUGGCCAUUCAGCAUGACAAUCAAAGUCACUAUUAUGGAUCAGAAUGAUGAUUACGAGAAUCGAGUUCAUUUCAUAUAUACAUUCGAUCCCCGUUGUCUAGUCACCUCCAAAAGCUAUUUUAUAAGCCGUCCAAUAAGUGAACGGAAUGCUGCUUUUGGAGCGCAAGCUCUGAUUACUCUAGACCAACUGGAGCAUUACAUCAGAGAAGAUACUCUAUUUUUGAAGAUUGAGUUGGAGACUCCCCCAACUCCGCUAUCAUUGAAACAAAAUGAAAAUGUGGUUGCUAAGCAGAGUGCAACUCCUUCAGUUGUGCUAUACAACGUGAAUGAAAUGGAAUAG